GAUCUCACAAUAACCACCAAAGUAUUUCGUAAUCAGGUUCAAUGCUCGUAAUUGACCUAAAUAUAAAAUGUCUGUUCUGAAUUAAAUUUUCGUAGUUACAAAAUUUUCUAUAAUUUUAAUAUUUGUUUCCAGCCAAUUAUGGAGGAAAGAAUUCCACUCGAUAGAGAAAGUUACUUUUAUUUUUUAUCUGAGCCACCUUCCUUGAUGAACAUAGCUUCAGUUUCCAUAGCCAUCAAACUAUGGGAAGCAGCUGGUAUGAAUGAACUCAUGGCGACGCAACAUCAAAUUCAACAAUGUCAUCGCCAAAAUAUACACGAAGCGGGUGUGCACUUUGAGUUAGCGUAUUCCAGAUUGGAAGAAAGAGCGCUUAAAAAACUAAAUGAGUUAAUUUUGCCCGAGUCAUUAAAACUUAAUGUAACUCAAUGUAUGAUGCCUAUAGGAUUGCAGUUUCGAUGGUCCACUGAACAUAAUAGAAAAGAGUAUUGUAGGUUUUAUGAUCUUUAUAAAAAGGGAGGCUUGCUCUAUUGGACUAUGGAAGGUGUCCUUGAUCAAGUCAAAUCACUCAAAGAGCUGAUUAUCAAUGCUGUGACAAGAAAAGAUUUGGAUUAUUUUUAUAAAUUAGCUUGCAAGUACUGCCUCGAAGAAGAUAUUUUAGAUUUAUGGGAGAAAGCACCAUCUGCAAAAACUAUGCAACUCAAUACUUUGAGUAUACUCUAUAAAACUCACAUACUAGCAUAUUGGGCUGCUGUUCAGAAUAAUGUGUUGCCUCAUUUGUUAACAAAGAUUUUGCUUUUUGAUCCGUAUAAUAUAUAUAAUCCUGACCUUGGUAUUUAUGAAAAUCUGAUAUUAUUAUCAAUUUAUAUUGGAAAUCCAUUUGCUUUUAAAUAUUUCUGGUUUAAACUAUCAGAUCAUGAAAAAUAUGUGAAUAUAGAAAACUGGGUGACUAAACUAACUGGGAAAAUUAAACGCCAUAAAUAUACUCAGCACCAAACCUACGAUGUACACACUGAUAUGCUGUGGUUUUUACUGGCGCAGGAACCAGCUAGCGACCCUGAAAAAGGGAGACAAAUUAUUAAUUGCCACUCGAAGAUAUUAUUUUUAAGUUUGUGUUUCUACUGGCCGUUUCAGAGAUUUUUGGUGCCUGCAAUGUUUAAGUUAAUGAGCUAUAUUCAUAUUGAUACUUACGCAUCUAUUAUGAAAGAUCUUGUUUCGGAAACAAAAGGUGGAAGGUUAACAGAGGAACAGUUCAGGGCAAUUUGGCAUUAUAGUCCUUUACAAUUUCAGAAUCAUUUCCUCUCUAUCAUAAACAGUAAGCCUAAGGCCAGAUUAUUUAUGCUAUCGACAUUGCUAUUGGCCGGGGAAAUUCCAACAAUAUGCAUUAUUUUGAACAACGAUUCUCCAAUAGAAAGAAAUAGAUUUGUGACUAAUUUAAUUCAGUCUAACCUUAAACGCCUUAUACAGGAAAGUAAGUUAAGGUUUGCUAAUGCUUUGUUAUCAAAGGAAAUGUCAGAGAGUGACAUCAAUACUUUCAAGCAACAUGUUAUGGUCACCUAUGCAAAUGACUACUGUUGUGAUUGCAUGUGCAAACUUAAUUAUAAUGCAACUGAGCAGUUUUUGAAUUGGGGAUUUCAAUCUCUAAGUGAAAUUCAAAAUUUUAAGAAAAGUCAAUUAAAUUUAAAUGAAAUAUUUAUUUCUUUAAUUCAGUUAGGUGAUUUUGGCCAUGCUGAUCGUUUUUUGAGCUGGUGUUUUGAUUCCGAAACGGAAGUAAAUCAAUUCAUAAAUGGAUUUGUCAGUGAAGAUAAUAUAUUAUAUUUCGAAAAGUUAGUGUUCAGAUUAAGUUCUCUUGAUAAAUAUGGGUGGGACAUUUUUGAAAACUUUUUAAAUCACAUAUCUCUUCCCUCCCCCAAGAUUAAGAUCUUGAAAAAGUUACUUUUAAAAGAAGUGGGGCAUAUAGUAGAAGCACAUAAUUUGAUCUUUGCAACAAGGCUAUUAAAUUGGUGUCUCCCUGACAUUGUGAAAUCAAACCAAUAUAAGUAUAAAUUGUUGCUUUCCAGGAGAGGUAUUAAUUCAAUUUUAGAGGCAUUACUGAUACUUCCAAAAUGGGAUAAAGUUAGAAGUUUGCUAGAAUGGUUUUUUCCUCUGUCCAAAGAAAUAGUCGAUAAAUUGAAGUAUACAUUAAUUACCAAGAAAUUUCGAAGUGGAAUUUACCCCAAAAAAAAUCAAAGAAGAGCUUUAUUCCACGUACUAGAUCUUUUUGUUGAAAGUUACAAUAAUCCUAACUUUAAAGGUUUAAUUGACUUUGAUUGGCGUUUGAAGGGUUAUGAAAUCAUACUGUUUGAUGUUUAAACAAAUUUGUUUAAAACAAAAAUGAUAAAUUGUUGUUUUAUUUUUCCAAAUUUGCACAUAGAAUUCAAACACUUUUAACCUUGCAGAAUUGACUGAUUAGCAGAAUUUCUCCUGCAUCUCCAAAAUUAGCUUCAAAAAUCCUUAUUUUCCUCCAAUCCCAACAUACUGUGUAUACUUUAUUGUAAAAAUUAUGUUUAGUCAAACAUAAUUAUCUAUCAAAAUUUGACAACGUAGAUUUAAAUUCCAAAAAGUUAAUAUAAAUUUAAUUUGAAUAUCAUACAAUAAUAGCUAAAAGAGAAAUAACUAUUAAUAGUGAAAGCUAUUAAAUAAGUAAAUAGAAUUUUUAAAAAU